GACCAAAAGUAUAAAAAAAAUAUAUAUAAAAUAAAAUAAAAGAGUAUAAUGGCUGUGAAUAUAUCAAAAAGUUUGCAAUUGGAAAUCAAAGUAGAAGCUAACCCUGUUGGAGUUAUUGAUGAAAAGUAUAUAUGCAAAGUUUGUAAUAACUUGCUUUGUGAUGUUGUACAAACUGGGUGCUGCGGUGAAUGGUUUUGUAAAAGUUGUGUGGAAAUCAAGUCAAGUCGAACUUUGUUUUGCCCAAUUGACAAAAUAGAGUAUACAUUCUUCAAUGACAAAAAAGCAAUGGAAGAAAUUUGCUCCUUAGAAUUUUAUUGUCUUAAUUUUGAAAGUUGCAAAUGGAAAGGACCUUUGAAAAAAUUAAAUAUGCACUUGUGUGCUUGUGCGAUACAAAAAUGUGAAAAGUAUAAAAAAGAAAUUUCAAAAAAAAGUAUGGAUGAACACAAUGAAAAAAUUCUUGUAAAAGACAAACAGGAAUUAGAGUUAAAAAACGACAUACACGACUUAAAAAGACAUUUUUUUGAUCUGUGUAGUCAACUCUACAAUUUACUCCAGCGGAUGGAAGCAUUACAGAAAUAAGUAGAUGGUAAAAGCUGCUAAUACAUGGAGAUGAAUUUUCGAGCAUAAACCGAGCAUGUAAAUACAAAUAACUAAAUAUGCUAGUAAUUAAUUUAAAAAAAAAAACUAAUUUUGAGCACACAUGUUGAUAAAUUUAAAAUAUUAUAAUAUAUAAAAUA